AGGGGUCUCAUCAUCCGGGAAGAGGAGGAAGAGAGAGCAAAGAGGCCCUUGAGAGCUGCUCCCUACGAAACGUGCCUCGUGGCGAAAGCUGUGGGAGUCCCAGAGCUGGCCUGGUUUACUCCUCUUCCCUCAGGGGCUGCACCAUGGCCUCAGAGGCACCGUCCAGAUUGUCUCUUCUCUGGGAUAGAGUGGAAAGAGCAGCUGGGCAGCCCCAUCAGCAUCUGUUGCCCUUCCAGGAUCUGGUGACCUUUGAGGAGGUGGCUGUGUAUUUCACGGAGGAGGAAUGGGCCCUGCUGGAUCCUGGCCAAAGAGCUCUGCACAGGGAAGUCAUGGAGGAGAAUUAUGAGACGGUGGCCUCUCUGGGAUACAUCUGGGGGGUCAAGGCUGAGGGAGAACCAUCCGAAGUAUCACUGGGAAAAGCUGAGGAGCACGUGCAGGAGCAGAAACUGAGGAGUCAAGAUGGAGCAAAGAGACAAGAGGAGAGACAGACUCACACAGGGGACAAACCCCAUAAAUGCUUGGAGUGUGGAAAGAGCUUCAGUCAGAGUGGCGAACUUACUUCGCAUCAAAGAACUCACACAGGGGACAAACCUUAUACAUGCUUGGAGUGUGGAAAGAGCUUCAGUCACAGUGGCGACCUUACUUCACAUCAAAGAAAUCACACAGGGGACAAACCUUAUACAUGCUUGGAGUGUGGAAAGAGCUUCAGUCAGAGUGGCGAACUUACUUCGCAUCAAAGAACUCACACAGGGGACAAACCUUAUACAUGCUUGGAGUGUGGAAAGAGCUUCAGUCACAGUGGCGAACUUACUUCGCAUCAAAGAACUCACACAGGGGACAAAACUUAUACAUGCUUGGAGUGUGGAAAGAGCUUCAGUCACAGUGGCCACCUUACUUCGCAUCAAAGAACUCACACAGGGGACAAACCUUAUACAUGCUUGGAGUGUGGAAAGAGCUUCAGUCAGAGUGGCAACCUUACUUUGCAUCAAAGAACUCACACAGGGGACAAACCUUAUACAUGCUUGGAGUGUGGAAAGAGCUUCAGUCGGAGUGGCGACCUUACUUCGCAUCAAAGAACUCACACAGGGGACAAACCUUAUACAUGCUUGGAGUGUGGAAAGAACUUCAGUCAGAGUGGCCACCUUACUUCGCAUCAAAGAACUCACACAGGGGACAAACCUUAUACAUGCUUGGAGUGUGGAAAGAGCUUCAGUCACAGUGGCGAACUUACUUCGCAUCAAAGAACUCACACAGGGGACAAACCUUAUACAUGCUUGGAGUGUGGAAAGAGCUUCAGUCACAGUGGCCACCUUACUUCGCAUCAAAGAACUCACACAGGGGACAAACCUUAUACAUGCUUGGAGUGUGGAAAGAGCUUCAGUCAGAGUGGCAACCUUACUUUGCAUCAAAGAACUCACACAGGGGACAAACCUUAUACAUGCUUGGAGUGUGGAAAGAGCUUCAGUCGGAGUGGCGACCUUACUUCGCAUCAAAGAACUCACACAGGGGACAAACCUUAUACAUGCUUGGAGUGUGGAAAGAACUUCAGUCAGAGUGGCCACCUUACUUCGCAUCAAAGAACUCACACAGGGGACAAACCUUAUACAUGCUUGGAGUGUGGAAAGAGCUUCAGUCACAGUGGCAACCUUACUUUGCAUCAAAGAACUCACACAGGGGACAAACCUUAUAUAUGCUUGGAGUGUGGAAAGAGCUUCAGUCAUAGUAGCGCCCUUACUUUGCAUCACAGAACUCACACAGGAGACAAACCUUAUAAAUGUUUCGUGUGUGGAAAGAGCUUCAGUCACAGUGGUGACCUUACUUCACAUCAAAGAACUCACACAGGGGACAAACCUUAUACAUGCUUGCAGUGUGGAAAGAGCUUCAGUCGGAGUGGCCACCUUACUUUGCAUCAAAGAACUCACACAGGGGACAAACCUUAUACAUGCUUGAAGUGUGGAAAGAGCUUCAGUCAUAGUGGCAACCUUACUUUGCAUCAAAGAACUCACACAGGGGACAAACCUUAUACAUGCUUGGAGUGUGGAAAGAGCUUCAGUCAGAGUGGCAACCUUACUUCGCAUCAAAGAACUCACACAGGGGACAAACCUUAUACAUGCUUGGAGUGUGGAAAGAGCUUCACAUCAAGUGGCAACCUUACUUCAUAUCAAAGAACUCACACAGGGGACAAACCUUAUAAAUGUUCCGAGUGUGGAAAGAGCUUUAAGUGGAGAAGUGCCCUUACGGUACAUCAGAGUACUCACACAGGGGACAAACCUUAUACAUGCUUGGAGUGUGGAAAGAGCUUCAGUCAGAGUGGCAACCUUACUUUGCAUCAAAGAACUCACACAGGGGACAAACCUUAUACAUGCUUGCAGUGUGGAAAGAGCUUCAGUCACAGUGGCAACCUUACUUCGCAUCAAAGAACUCACACAGGGGACAAACCUUAUACAUGCUUGGAGUGUGGAAAGAGCUUCAGUCACAGUGGCGACCUUACUUUGCAUCAAAGAACUCACACAGGGGACAAACCUUAUACAUGCUUGGAGUGUGGAAAGAGCUUCAGUCACAGUGGCGACCUUACUUCACAUCAAAGAACUCACACAGGGGACAACCCUUAUACAUGCUUGCAGUGUGGAAAGAGCUUCAGUCGGAGUGGCCACCUUACUUCGCAUCAAAGAACUCACACAGGGGACAAACCUUAUACAUGCUUGGAGUGUGGAAAGAACUUCAGUCAGAGUGGCACCCUUACUUUGCAUCAAAGAACUCACACAGGGGACAAACCUUAUACAUGCUUGGAGUGUGGAAAGAGCUUCAGUCACAGUGGCAACCUUACUUUGCAUCAAAGAACUCACACAGGGGACAAACCUUAUAUAUGCUUGGAGUGUGGAAAGAGCUUCAGUCAGAGUAGCGCCCUUAUUUUGCAUCACAGAACUCACACAGGAGACAAACCUUAUAAAUGUUUCGAGUGUGGAAAGAGCUUCAGUCACAGUGGUGACCUUACUUCACAUCAAAGAACUCACACAGGGGACAAACCUUAUACAUGCUUGCAGUGUGGAAAGAGCUUCAGUCGGAGUGGCCACCUUACUUUGCAUCAAAGAACUCACACAGGGGACAAACCUUAUACAUGCUUGCAGUGUGGAAAGAGCUUCAGUCACAGUGGCAACCUUACUUUGCAUCAAAGAACUCACACAGGGGACAAACCUUAUACAUGCUUGGAGUGUGGAAAGAGCUUCAGUCAGAGUGGCAACCUUACUUCGCAUCAAAGAACUCACACAGGGGACAAACCUUAUACAUGCUUGGAGUGUGGAAAGAGCUUCAGUCAGAGUGGCCACCUUACUUUGCAUCAAAGAACUCACACAGGGGACAAACUUUAUACAUGCUUGGAGUGUGGAAAGAGCUUCAGUCGGAGUGGCCACCUUACCUUGCAUCAAAGAACUCACACAGAGGACAAACCUUAUACAUGCUUGGAGUGUGGAAAGAGAUUCAGUCAGAGUGGCGACCUUACUUUGCAUCAAAGAACUCACACAGGGGACAAACCUUAUACAUGCUUUGAGUGUGGAAAGAGCUUCAAGUGGAGUAGCGCCCUUACGGUACAUCAAAGAACUCACACGGGACAAACCUUAUAUAUGCUUGGAGUGUGGAAAGAGCUUCAGUCAGAGUAACACCCUUACUUUGCAUCACAAAACUCACACAGGGGACAAACCUUAAAAUGCUUGGAGUGUGGAAGGAGCUUAAGCAGAGUUCAACUCUUUCUGUGCAUCAAAGGAUCCACACAGGGAAGCAAAGCUACCAACAGGAUUUUCUGGGCUCAGUACUCUAUGCAGAUUGGGCCCUCUGCUGCUCUCCUCAAAGACACAAAUUUGCAUAAAAUGUACAUACGCUUCGUGUCAAAUGCACAUUCCUAGCCUCUUUUGCAGAUGUGAGUGGAGGAUGAAAAAUAAUCCAGUGGGAACACUCAAAUAACAGCUGGUAUAGCAUAGUGGGGAGGAGAGCCUGGCUGGGAGUCCAGAGUCUCUGAGUUCAAAUCCCCGCUUGUGUCUCCUGGGUGUCAAGGGCCAGCUAAAGAUCACCCCACAGGGAGUGGCUCAGGGGUUAUGUGCCCUGCCACCUGUGCAGCCGUGGGCAAGCUGCAUAGUCCCACGGAGCCCAGUGGCCCCCCAGCUGGCAGUUGUGGACAAGGAAGGGGCUGGCUUGUGCAGUGGGGAGGACUAUCCUCAGAGGGAGGCAAUGGUAAACCCCCUCUGAAUACCGCUUAUCAUGAAAACCCUAUUCAUGGGGUCGCCAUAAGUUGGGAUCGACUAGAAGGCAGUCCAUUUCCAUUUCAACAUUCCAAUAAUAAGAUAUCCAACAGAAAGAAUAUCAACAGGUGAAGCUUUCCCCAUAAUUCUAUACUAUAAAAAGGCAGGUAUUAAUUCGCCUGCCACAUUAUUAUAUAGCCAUGAGAGUGGCUGUAUACUAUAACCAGCAUGGAUUUUUCGCAUUCCGCAAUGAUAAAUUGAAAAUAUCCCCCACGUCAUUCUGAUGCUUCCCAUAAGUUCAUUUCAAAACAAAACCUUACAUAACUUAUAGUCCUGAACUCAGAAACGCUUGCUUAACAAUCCUUUAAGUUUUCAUGGCAAUACACAAAACAGUCAGAGAAUCAAGAGUUCAAAAUAUGAAAUGAGGAAAAAAAAAGACCUGGACUUUUUUCUGUCAGAGAUCUCAUAAUUUGAUGACAUUAAUUAAAAAUCAGCCAUGUUCACAGAGUACCUGUAAUCCUUUUCCUGACAUUGCCCCAUUCUCUGAACUUCAUCUUCUGCAGUUUUAAAAAUAAAAUGCCUGGCUGAUUUUUAAUUAAUUUAAGAAAUUUUACAUUGUUCUGAAUGAUAAUGUCGGGCAUGCUCAGUAAGAACCAGCUGUCAGUGUUCUAAAAGCCAGACUUGCAGCUGAAACGUUUUUAAAGAUGUUUUGUUAUAAUGUAUUUUAAGUCUGUUUUAUGAUGUUUUAGAGUUUUUGGUGCUUUUGUUUGCUGCCCUGGGCUCAUUCUGGGCGGAAUGGCGGGAUAUAAAUCAAAUAAAUAAAUAAAAAUGGGGGCAGUGUCAGUGAUGUCCUCUCCAGUCAAAGGGAUUGGUACAAGGGGAACGCCUCCCUCCCCAUGGACAGGGAGUAGGGAGCAUAUCCAACAGUUACUCACAUUAUAGAUGGAAGCAAUUCUUGCUGGAUUUAAGCAAGCUUGCAUGCCCCCCCUUUGAUAGGGAGAUGUUCCCUCUAACCAGUAUUGGGGAUAUCUCUAUAUGUUUGUUUACCAUGAUGUAACUUCCUCAAAGGAUGGGGUUAUUUAUUUCUUCCUCCUCCUUUGUUAGGGGAUAUUGAUCCUUUUUGCAUAUUCUACAUUAACCUCUAGCAGAGGGAACAGGCAGACGUUCCUUCCAGGGGCAUCCUCACCAAUGACUGAAAAUGGAAUGGGCCCUUUAUAAAAGAAAUUGAUGCCAAAAACACUGGGAUGUGUUAGAGACACUUGAGAACAACAUUUAGGAACAAAAACCAUUCCGAUGGGAUUUUUAUUAAUCCUUUAACAACCAAAAUGCCCUGCGGAACAGAAUGAAACAGCCCGGAAUGGCGACUUCCCAGCGAGCCAGACCUCCCAAAUUCACCAGUCCCACAUGACUACAUGGGAUGCAUGCGAUAAGACACAAAACGUCCACGAAACCACGUUCCGAUAUCCGUUCCAGGCUAUAAUACGCUUUUACGUAAAACAGCCUGGAAUGGCGACUUCCCAGCGAGCCGGACCCACCAAAUUCACCAACCACACAUGUUGCUGCCUCUCCUUUUGUUGAGAAAUGGGAGAUAACAGGAUGACCCAGAAACCUCUGGGGUGAUCAGCAAUACCCUUUCUUGCUGUUUGUAGGUCCACUAAGCAGCACUAUUGGUGCUGCUACCAGGUUGCGAAGGGCUGGUGAAUUGGGGAGAGAGAGAGAGAGAGAGAUUGGAGGGGCAAGUCGGCUGCCUUUUACUCAUGGCCUUUCUGCUGUAGGUAAUGAGAGAAGACACAACUUGCUGCCACUGAGCCCCCUCCCCAGUGUAAAUAUAGCAUACCUGGGCUGCUGCCUUUUUGGUCUGAAAAAAGAAGGGAUCAUCCUGUCUCUGCAGAGACCAGCAGAUCUUAUAGUGCUCCUAGUGGGAAGAAGAGUAAACUGCAGCUAUUCUCUAGCACCAAAAGCUACCUGUAGUUGCAUUCAAUACUAGUAUAGCUUACUACAAAAACCUUGCUAGGAAAGAAAAACAAGAAUGUACUAUACACAUUUCACACACAUACCUCAUUAAUCAUUACUAGAGCUGCCAACUAAGUAAUAAUAUUAAUUGGAGCAAUUUGUUUUGCAGUUAAAUUUGCAUACUAUCAACAUUUCAUUCAAGAUGUUUUGUGUAGAUGCCUGUAUAAUUUAUAAAUAAAC